AGAAACAAGUAGUUUCGAUAAAUUUACCGUAAUACAUUGCUAUCGAGCAAUAGCUGUUGGGAAGAAAAAAACACACCCAAACACCAAGUAGAGCUGUGCAGGAGACAACGAAUUGACUACAAUAACCAACUAGAAAGCUAAUCUACGAACAGUCGAUACUGAUAUAUCCAGCCAAUCAUCAAGUCCAGUUAUUCUACUUCCAUUGAGGUGAAGUAGGUAGCUUGCGUGGCUUCUAAUAAGCGUUGAAGAACAAGUUGCAGACAAAAAUCCGUGCCCCCUCCACAUUUCACGGAGUAUUCGCAAAAGGUGGCAGUUCUAAGUUAGAUCAAAAGUUGAUGAAACACAAGUAUUUCACGAUUAGAGUUCAGUCGAUAUCUGGAUCAGGAGAACGGUAUUGGAACGAGAAUUAACGGACGCAAAUGACCCAAGAAAACCAUAUCGAAGGAGCAUCGUAUCCCGAACAACUUUUGGAAGCUGCAAGAAGAAACAAUACUGAACUUUUACUACAAAUCAAAUCCGAAUUAAAUAAUGAUCAAGAAAAAUUAGCUAAUUUGAUCAAUACUACAUCAGAAGUGAUUACUCUGAAUUCUCCAUUGCAUUUAGCCACCCAAUUGGGAAAUUGGGAAUUCAUAGAUAUAGUGUUGGAUAUAGAAGGGGUAGAAAUAGAUCCAAUUAAUAGAGAGGGUGAUACUCCAUUACAUUUAGCAGUGAAAUAUACCAUUGAUGAACCUGACCACGGCUAUUUUGUUAUUGAUAACUUACUUGAUGCGGGAUCCGAUCCUAGAAUCAAAGAUAAACAUAAUUUGAAACCAGUUGAUUAUGUCAAUAAAGAUAAUCAGAAAUUGAAAGACUUAUUAGAAAGUGCCGAGUAUGCCAUUUCAAUGGAAAUCCCCGAUGAUGAAAUACUUGCUGCUGAACAAGGGGAUGAUGACGAAGGAUCUGCAUCUGAAUCUGAUUAAAACCAUAGACCUUCUAUACCUUUAUUUUUUCUUUUUUUUUUUUUUUUAAUUCUAAAUUCCUAUAUAUACAUAUAUAUUUAUAAUUCAUUACAAGUUUUCAUACUUGGAAGUCAUCAAUAGAUGUUCUUGGC